AUGAAGGAAGAAGAGGAACGUCAGAGCGCGUAUCCUCCUCCUCCUCCUCCAGGCGACCAUCAGCGUGGAAGCUACUAUCCUGCCCCAGAUUCUCGUCCUCCACCCUCUGGCGAGGACCGCAAUGGCUAUGCGCAGGAUCCUCCCCGGCCAGGACCCUAUCCGAGUGAUCCCAGAGCGCCUGCACCAUACCCUAAUGACCCCAGACAACCAGGUCAAUAUCCUCCUCCAUCCUCAUGGCAUCACCCUCCACCCGGACAUUACCCCCCUCCACACCCCCAGUAUCCGGAUCCUACUCAUCCGGCGUAUCACUACCACCCUGGUCCUCCAGCGGAUAUGAGCCAGCCGCCUCAGCCUCGACAUCCUGACCCUUAUCGUCUGCCACCUCCGUACCCUUAUCCUGGUUAUGGUCCACCCCAUCCGUAUCCGCAGCCUCCUCCCCCAGCGCCACGGCAAAGGACUGCUAUCGCAUGUAAAUACUGUCGUAAGCGUAAAAUUCGCUGUUCGGGUUACGAGUCAUCACAGGAUGGUCGGUGCAACAACUGUGUUCGUUUCAACCAAAGCUGCCUGUUCCAUCCGGUGUCAUCGCAGGCGGCAUUUGUUCCCGCCCAGGCUGUCUAUCCGAAUAUGCAGAAUCCGCGGGGUGAGCCACCGCAAACAAACUCGCGCGGAGACUACCGGCCGCAAGGCCUCUUUGCGAGGGAGGGAGAAUCUCCACCAAUGCUGUAUGGUGCUCAUGGGAUUCCUCUAGCUCCGGCCGCUGCACAGGACCAUCAUCAGAAUUAUCCGCCUCCGCAAUCUGGGUACCCUCCACCAAACUAUCCACCGCCGCCGCAUUCUCAAGGGCCGCCGGCUCCAUAUGAUUAUCGUGGUCAGGGACCACCACCUCCUCCCCAAGCAGACGAGAAUGUCAGUCGAAAACGCGGCCCACCUGACGAUGAUCCUCAUAAUGAAAGUGCUCAUUCUUCUCAGUCUCCGCAUCCGAGUACACGUCCUCGAUUUUCACACGAGCCACGCAAUAGUACUGCCAACGGUUAUGAUUAUCCAGACCCGACGAAUAUCGCACCGACUUCGCCCUCGACUUCGACGACAUCAUACCAAUCUGGCUACCCGUACACCGGCUCUGCGCCCCAGACAGCACGCCGACAUUCGCCGCAGUCUGCCCAUUCCUAUGACUCGCCUCGAACGCUUCCCAUUCGUGACGAAGGAAGGUCGCCUCCACCAGGGUUAUCUGGCUCGGCUCCUGGGUCUGCCAAUGGGCGUGCAAAUAUGAGCGUUCAAUCUAUGCUUGACAACCCUCGAAGCUCCGAAGUCGACAGUAACGGUCCGAGAAGACACAAGGACGACAGUGAUAUGCUGAGCAAAUUGGAUGGCAAGAAGUAA